GAAGGGAGUCGAGUUGGAAGAGGGACAGUGGGAGAAAAGUGGAUGUGUUUUGAUGAAGUUAAAGUUGUGUUCACGCCGGACAUGUAUUAGUUUGACAAUUGCACGGCGAAACUACGAAAACUUACGGAAUUUCAUCUGAGCAGGAGUCUUAAAAUGGGAUUUAUGUGGGCAUAGCGGAGCCCCGACAAGCUGCGGAGUGAAGAGCUUGUGCAGCAGAAGAACACCCAGCAUGGAUGUGGAAGACUUCCCUCCCCCUCCGCCUGAAAUGUUGGUGGAUGAUGUCUCCUUUGCGGAUGAAGAUGAGGGAGAGGCCUUUGAUUUUGACGACAGUGGUGACGACAUCCCCGAGGCUGACCGCCCACCUCCUGCAGCUCCAGCUUCUUUAGCCCUCGACAGUGGGUCUCAGAGCCAGGUCAACAUUGUGACCAGUAACCCUGAGGGUCAGCCCUCCAGCCUGGACCUCCCAGCACCUUCCCCCACAGCAGACACAGCCACAUCAUCAGCAGACACAGCAGUUGCCACAGCUGAAUCCUCCAUAGUGGGUGGAGCAACAGCAGAAGAACAUGGGACACCUGCAGCCAAAGGGACAGACGACAAGGAGACACCUCUUCCACCCCCUCCUGUUGAAAAUUACAUGGAAACAGACACAGGAAAAACAGGAAGUGAAGGCCACGAUGUCUGUGUUGAUGACCCUCCCCCUCCGCAGGCCACCCCCAGGACCACAUCCCAGGGCAAGGUCAACCCUUACUCUGUGAUUGACAUCACCCCCCUCCAACUGCAGCAACUUGAGCAGCAGCAUGGGUCCUCCCCUUCUUCUUCCUCUCCAUUGGAGCCCAGGGAACGAGAGGGAGAGGCCCAAGAUAUCCCCACCAGCCCCGCCGGCAUCACCUCGGGCUACUCGGUCCCUGUGCCCUGCGGCUAUGCCACUCCCUCCAGUGUACCCCUUAUCACACCAGCUUACACCACGCCUGUCAUCAUACGACACCUCUCCGUGGACGAGGAUGUCACAGUGGUUGGGACUGGCAACACCUCUGCUGACAGUGUUUUCAGUGAAGAGUAUCCACCUAUUAGAGAAGAAGAUGCCUUGACUAAAUGGGUGUCUGAUCCUGCCAACACAGCUUGGAUGGAAAAUCCAGAUGAGGUGAUUUACGAUGAUGUGCCCAGAGAGAACUCUGACUCCAACACAGAGCCAGAUGAGAUGAUCUACGAUGACGUAGAGUUGGGUGAGGAGGGCGGCUGCAACAGCUCCCUGGACACCGGCUGGAGCUCCAGUGAGUUCGAGAGCUAUGAUGAGGCCAGUGACGGGGAGGGCCGCCCUGGCAACGGCCUGCCGCAUGCCUUCAUGAGAGGAAAACCGCCACAGAGGAAGACUCACCUCUCUCAAGAUCUCACACGCUUGAAAGAACACUAUGAGAAAAAGAUGAAAGAUCUAAUGGCAAAUACAGUGGGAACAGUAGAGCUGCAGCAGCUAAAACAGAAACACGAGCAGAAGAUGCAAAAGCUUGUGAAGGCAGCUAAGGAGGGGACCAAAGAUGGCCUUGAGAAGACCAAAGCUGCGGUGAAGAAGGGACGCUCUUUCAUCAAGACCAAGUCCUUCUGUAAUGAGAGGAAGUCAGCCUGUUUUGAGGAUGAGGAGUCUGAACUCUUCAUUGAGGUGGACUGUUUCAAUGUGGAGCCUGUGCUGGGCCCGGCCCCAGAGGACCUCUCACAGCAACAGCUGGUUAGAAGAUGCAUUUUGGGCUCUAUAUUGGAGAGUGAGAAGAACUAUCUGGAAGCACUGAAAAGGAUAUUAGAGCAAUAUGAGAAGCCCCUGUCCCAGAUCGAGCCGAGGCUACUGAGUGACAGGAAACUGAAGAUGACCUUCUACCGUAUCCGUGAGAUCCUGCAGUGCCACUUCCUGUUCCAAAUUGCCCUGGCCAGCCGUGUAGCCGAGUGGGACAACUUGGAGAUGAUUGGUGAUGUCUUUGUUGCAUCGUUCUCCAAGUCCAUGGUGCUGGAUGCCUACAGUGAAUAUGUAAACAACUUCAGCACGGCGAUGGCAGUGGUGAGGAAGACAUGCGCUUCCAAGCCCGGUUUCCUGGAAUUCCUCAAGCAUCGACAGGAGACCAGCACUGACCGAAUGACUCUGUAUGGCCUAAUGAUGAAACCCAUCCAGAGAUUCCCACAGUUCAUUCUGCUGCUUCAAGACAUGUUGAAGAACACACCAGUGGGCCAUGCAGACCGCCUGCCCCUGCAGAUGGCCCUGACCGAACUGGAGACGCUGGCUGAGAAGCUCAACGAGAAGAAGAGGGAGGCUGACCAGCGAUGUGAGAUCCGUCACAUCGCCAAGGCCAUGAACGAACGCUACCUCAACAAGCUCCUGAGUAACGGCAGCCGCUACCUUAUCCGCUCAGACGACAUGGUGGAGACCGUCUACAAUGAACGUGGUGAGAUCAUCAAAACCAAGGAGCGGCGCCUCUUCCUGCUCAACGAUGUGCUCAUGUGUGCCACCCCCAACGUCCGAUGCAGUCAGGAUGGCAGCGGCAGCGGCAGUGGCAGUGCCCCACUGGGACAGAAGUUCCUCCUCAAGUGGAGUGUCCCGUUGAGCUUGGUGGAGGUGGUAGAGUUUGGAUCCAGUGAGGACAUGGCCGACAGCAGCCGCUACCCAACAGCCCACUCUGGGGAGAAGGUGGUCAUCAAUGCUAAGCCAAACAAGCUGUACAUGGGCCCGGGUCAGCUGUACCAGGACCUGCAGAACCUGAUCCAUGACCUCAGCCUGGUCAACCAGAUCUCCAGCAUGAUCUCCAGCCUCAAAGGCAACUACCAGAAUGUAAACCCCGCAGUGGCCCAGGACUGGGUGUCAGGUCUCCAGAGGCUGAUUCUGAAGAAGGAGGAGGAGAUCAGGGCAGCUGACCGCUGUAGGAUCCAGCUUCAGCUGCCAGGCAAACAAGACAAAUCGGGUAAACCCACAUACUUCAGUGCAGUGUUCAAUACCUUCAGCCCAGCCAUCAAACAGUCAUGGAUCAGUAACUUGCAGAUGGCCAAGCUUGCUCUAGAGGACGACAACAUGCAGGGCUGGUUCUUUGCAGAGGAUGACAGCAAUCAGAUCAAGAAGCAGAAACACCCUCUCCUGCUCCGACAAAUGCCUGUGGUCAUGUCGAAAUUACAGGAGUUCAAGGUGGAGUGUGCCGUUCACAACCCAGAGCCCCACGUCAACACAGAGAGCACAGCAGACACCCCUGUCCUGGGUCACGGUUGUGUCUGGGUGGCAAGUUGCACCAACCAGAUGGGCCAGAUAGCCAUCGUGGCCAUGCAGAACUCCAGUCCUAAAGUCACUGAGUGUUUCAACGUGGAGUCCCGUAUCCUCUGCAUGGCCUACGUCCCCACAGAGCAGUGCCAGGAAAACGGCGAGACGGUCCCUGAAAAUAAUCAUGCCCCCCCAGGGAAGGCCAGUGACACCCCCACUGUCUGUCUGGGCAUGGAGGAGGGCAGUAUCAUCGUGUAUAAGAGCAGUCAGCGGUCAAAGAAAGUACGUCUGCAGCACUUUUUUACUCCAGACAAGUCCACCGUCAUCAGCGUGGUCUACAAGAAACACUGUUUGUACGCCGGCCUGGUCAGCGGCUCUGUGGCCAUCUACUCCAGAACACAAGACGGGCUGUGGAGCAGCGACAAGCCCAAGGUGCUGAAGCUGGGCGUCCUCCCAGUCAAAGCCAUGCUGGCUGUGGAGGAGCAUGUCUGGGCCUCAUCAGGUGGACAGGUCUUCAUCAUCAGCACCCACACACACUCUGUGGAGAGGCAGCUGGAGGCCCAUCAGGAGGAGGGCAUGGUGGUGUCCCACAUGGUGGUGGCCGGGGUGGGCAUCUGGAUUGCCUUCAGCUCCGGCUCCACGCUGCGCCUGUUCCACACUGAGACCCUGGAGCACCUGCAGGACAUUAACAUCGCCACGCCCGUCCACAACAUUCUGGCUGGGAACCAGAGAGUGUUGGUGAGCAGUCUGCUGGUGUGCUAUGGUCUGCUCCUGGUAGGAACCAACCUCGGGGUGACUGUGGCCCUCUCUGUCCCCAGACUGCAGGGCAUCCCCAAAGUCACAGGUCGGGGUAUGGUGUCGUUCCACGCUCACAACGGACCAGUCAAGUUCCUCACCAUGGCUGCUGCUGUGUGCAACCGGCCCUCCGGCCUCCCAGCCACCAACCCUCCUGCUGCAGCCCAGCCAGCGGAGGCAGAGGACGGGGAGAAGACACAGCCGCCCCCGCCGGACUCAGCCCCGGCUCCCCCUCAGGGGCGAGGCGUGUGGCUGGGAGAGGCGGGCUGCACCACCAUGGCUCUUCAGGACUCCCUGUCCUCCUCGUCCUGCGGCUCCCUGGCUCCGUCCCAGGGCUCCCUGGAACACGGGCCCGAGGACGGAGCCCUUUACGACUUGCUCCAUGACCCAGCCCACCACCAGAGGGUCCGCCGGGCCAGCAAGGUGGACGUCAGCUCGCUGCUGGUGGUAUCCGGAGGUCUGGGCCACCGCAGGGUCAACAGGAAGACCAAGCAGUCCCGUCAUGAGGACAAUAUCUGCACCAUCAUGGUGUGGCAGAUCCCCCUGCUCAACAUGUGACACCCAAACAGACAGGUUAAACACGGGACUGCCUACUGUGACACACACACACUCUCACAGGGAGAUCUGCUACUUCAUUUCACUGAGCAUUUGGGAUCAAGAAAAUGAACUGAAUGUUUUAUGGAAACCAGUAUUGCAUUCCACACAGUUCCCAAGGUGGUUCUUAAGACUCCUCGUAUUCAUAGACUUUGCGUGGGCAUCUGCCUUUAGACAACAAGGGAUCAAUAUAACCACUGAAACGUGACGCCUGAUUUUGCUAACAGCAGCCCACAGACCAUUCAAUCCUCAAUCCAUUAAGACUGGAUGCAACGUUUGCGUGUUAGAAAAGGAUUCCUAUUAAAAAAAAGAAAUCACUGAAAUGUCUUUAAUUUCAUGUUCCUGUAAAGUUGGAUUGCGUUGUGCUAUAACAUGGCUAAUAUAUUCCAGUACACUUUUGACUUUGUGCCAUACCAGAUGACUGUAUUGGACUGCAGUAUUGAAACCAGUGUUGAAAAGAUUUUUGAGGCAUGAGACUUGAGAAAUUACUUUUUCCAGCUUGGAAAGAGUGUGAGGUAAUAUCGAGGCUUUGGAACUGUUACGUAGUAGCUUCAUGAUUAGGAAGAAUACGUUUUGGCCAGACUUCUGUUUAUCUGUAAUGGCCAGCUCAGAGCUGUAAAUAUGAAGUAUGACGACUCUGAUUAUUACAUGUGUAUUUGUUUAUGGAAUCACAUUUUUUGUCUUUGGUACACUCAAGCUAAUCUACUGCUCGUACCACUGUGCUAACAGAGAAAAGGGGAAAAUGGUUUAAUAUUGAUGACUAAAUUAGUUUGGAAAGGCUUGACGAGAGCCCCUGGCUGGCCAGGUUCUUCUUCAUACGAAAUGGAUGGGAGAUGUUUUCAUCAGGAGGGAUAUUUGAUCUGCCCUAAUGCAUUUUUGUUUCUCAUUCAAGGGUAUUUAAAAAAAAGAGGACAAGAUAAAAAGCUUUAUACUUCUGUCAUGUUUUGUAUGUUCUUCUGUUAUGUAUAUUAACUAAUCUAUAAACAUGGCUUUAUUCAGCAUC